ACAUUACCGCACCUCCCAUUCCCCUUGGUACUCGUUGCCUAUCGCGCAAGAGAGGUUGAAAAAAAAAAAAAAACCCACACCCUGGCUCUCAUCUUCGAACCGUAUGCAGCACUCUCGGAAUGGCUUUCUGCUAAAUUGCUCUUCGGAAAACAAGCUUGCUGAAAACCGCAUAAGGUGGAGUGAAGGAUAUCAGCUACAUUCAACCAUCGCUUCUUGGAUUCAGAUGCCUCUGUAUGAACAUACGUAGUCGUAGUCGUCUUCAGGAGAUUUUAGGGAUUUAAGAAAAAUAAAUAUUCCUGCUUUACGGCGUCCCCAAAUGGAGAGAAACCAGUCAUUUGUGGAUCUGAGGAAUAUUCACCUUAAUGACAACGAGUCGUUGUUCCAAAACAACUUCAGUGAUAUCGACGACGCGGAUGAUCUGUUUCCGCGCAGUGUGAGGAUCACCAUCGCACUGGUCUAUAUGAUCGUGUGCAUGGUGGGACUCGUAGGAAACUGCUUAGUGAUGUUUGUCAUAAUCAGGUACACCAAGAUGAAGACAGCCACCAACAUUUACAUCUUCAACCUGGCUUUAGCUGAUGCACUAGUACUUGCCACACUUCCUUUCCAGGGCACAGAUGUGUUCCUAGGUUUCUGGCCCUUUGGCAAUACCUUGUGCAAGGCAGUGGUUUCCAUUGACUACUACAACAUGUUCACUAGUGUCUUCACCCUUACUGUGAUGAGCAUGGACCGCUAUGUGGCUGUGUGUCAUCCUGUGAAAGCUCUAGAUAUGAGGACACCCCACAAGGCCAAGGUGGUCAACAUAUGUGUGUGGCUACUGGCCUCUGCCAUUGGUGUGCCGGCCAUGGUGCUUGGAGAUGUUGAGGACGACCAUGGCAUUGAAUGCAUCUUGGUCCUGCCAGACCCUCGUAGCUAUUGGGAACCAGUGUUCGGCACAUGUGUGUUCCUGCUCUCCUUCCUUAUCCCGGUGGCCAUUAUUAGUGUGUGUUACAGUCUGAUGGUAAAACGCCUCCGCAAUGUUCGUAUUUUGUCUGGUUCCAAGGAGAAGGAUCGCAACCUGCGCCGAAUCACCCGCAUGGUGCUGGUGGUGGUGGCAGCAUUUGUGGUAUGUUGGACCCCCAUCCAGAUCAUGGCACUUGCACAGUCUUUGGGUGUCAACCUGGGAAGUGUGCACACUGUGGUGCUGAUGCACUUUUGCAUUGCACUUGGCUAUGUCAACAGCAGCCUAAACCCAGUUCUCUAUGCUUUUCUGGAUGAGAACUUUAAGCGUUGCUUUCGUGAGUUUUGCCAACCACCAUUGCCUUUUAGCCUGGAUGCACAGCAGCAGUCGGGCCGAAUGCACAGCGUGGCAAGAGAUGUUGCCUACAACUGCAAAACUACAGAGGCAAACAGUAAUGCUGCAUGACUAGGCGUAGAGCUGCCCCUGGUCAGCCCUGAACAGCCACCAAAUCCAGGGACAGGACACUCUAACUCUGAGCUCACUCAGAUCACUGCUCUCUAGGACUGUCUAGUGGUCGAGGAAUGGAAGGACCAAGGAUCGGUUUUCCUUGGGUUCAAAAUCAGUGACACACAUAAUCUUAGGGACGAAGGGGCUCAUUUUUUAGUAUUAUGUUUGAUUUUGCUUUAAAUAGCAUCUCUUUGUUAUUUGGUGAUGACACUAAGGAGAUGCUUUUAAGUAUUGGCAGAAUUUGGUAUUUAUUUUCUUGGGACUUCAUUGCCUUAACUCGAUUAUAAACUCUGUAAAAGUUAAGUUGAAGCCUAAGUGACCUGGAUGAAGAUAAACUUAUAUUCAUUUAAAAUUUUUACCUUCUGGUAAAAUGAUCAUAUUCUAUCAACACGUACAAAACAGAGACUUUUCUUCUAAAGCCAGAUUUGUAUUUAUUUACAAAUGCUAUUUUUGCCUGUUUGUCCUGGAACAAUAUAAAUGUAAUAUUGCAUUGUUUCAUGGCACUGUUAUGCUUAAGGCAUAAUUUGUACAGAAGGCUAAAGAUAUAGUGCAUUGUGUUAUAUUAAUCGGUGCAUCCAAUGAAGUUAAUUAGCAUGAGUCUUAAUAUUCUUACAGUCAUCUUUCAACCAUACCUCUGAUAUUCUUGAAUGUUUUAAAUGUUCCCAGCAUCUUGGUUUACUGCCUCAUGUUAUGAUGAGCCAGAAACAAGGAUUAAGCUUUCUCAUUAGUUUACAUCACUGACCGCUGAAUGUCAAAUAACUUUUUAAAGAAGCCAAAAAAAAAAGAAGUUAUAAGUAGGUAGAAAGGUUCUCUUUUCAGUAGUCUGAAAAGGCACUAUAAAUGUAAAGCUUCUUCAUGUAUGCUGUAUUUAAUGUUGUAAUGGUUUUGUUUACUUGCUGAAAUGUAUUGGUUUACUUGUUUAACUGUUUACUUAUGGAAUUAUUUAUUAAUGAAGCAAAAUGUUGGACAAAUACUAUCACUAUGAGUCUUAUUACUAUAUA